AUGGUAACAGGAGACCGAGGAAGCGCGGCGGCGGCGGCGGCGGCGGCGCCCGGGGCUUCCGCGUCCUCUCUGCCCACCCUCCGCUCGCUCUCCCGUGCUGCGAUUGGCUGGUGGGUGGGCCGGGGGCGGGGCCGGAAGUGGCUGCUGGGGGUUGCCAUGGGUGCGGCGGUGGCGGCCGGGGGUCGAUGCCGGUGCUGGUGCUGCGGGAAGGGGCGGUGCCGGGCGGACCCGUGUGGGCUGCUUUGCCUGCUGCUCACCUACCUCAGCGUGGGCUACGCCGAUUAUGUCAUCCUGGAGCAUGUCCUGCUCCAGCCGGGCUUCCGGGGCAGCCUCUGGUGUCCGUUCCACGCCGUGGCGUUCAACUUCAUUGUCGUGAUGCUCCUGGCCUGCCACACACGGGCUGUCUUUGCUGACCCAGGCAUGGUGCCGCUUCCCGACACGGCUAUUGACUUCUCCGACUUGCGAAGUAGCAGCAGCAGCAGCAGCAGCAGUGCAGCGCACAAGAACAGCCGGAAUAACGAGGACUGGACGGUGUGUAACCGCUGCGAGACAUACCGCCCGCCACGGGCGCACCACUGCCGUGUCUGCCACCGCUGCAUACGCCGCAUGGAUCAUCAUUGUCCCUGGAUCAACAACUGUGUCGGGGAGCUCAACCAGAAAUACUUCAUCCAGUUUCUCUUCUAUACAGGCUUGGCUAGCCUUUAUGCCAUGGGGCUGGUCUUGACCACCUGGCUUUGGCCCGCGGACAAGAGCUCAGCGGGGAAAGGAGAAGGAGCCGAAGCCAGCGUUUCCGGCAACCACGUCCAAAUCGCUCAUCGCAUCAUCUUGCUGGUAGAAUCCAUCCUCUUUGGGCUCUUCGUCACAGUCAUCUUUUAUGACCAGCUGGUCUCCAUCAUCACGGAUGAGACCCCGAUCGAGCAGCUGCGCAACCGGCUCCUGAAGGAGGCGCGCCAGGAGGUGUCGCACACGCGGAAGCCCAAGAUUGCCCUUUUGCGGGAGGUGUUUGGCCGAGGUCUCGUGAUCUGCUGGCUCUUUCCCUGUCACUGCACCUCUCCAUCAGCCAACGGGCCUUCCUACAGCUACUUGCCCAACUACGACGUGUGACUUUGCUGUGUUGCCUCCUGGGGCGGGGGGAGUCUCCCCCCUUGCUCUGCUCAUGGGUGCUCUCGCUCUCGCUCGCUCUCAUUCUCCCCUCUCUCAGUGGGAGCCAAGGGUCCCGUUCUGUUUCAUCUGCUACAGCCCGCAGAGGAAGCAGCGGCUUGCGACGUUUUCCUUGAAUCCUGGAGGGGCGCCGGUGUCCCAUGACUGUUUGAAACUCUGCGCCCUCCCUUGGAAUCCGUGCUCCAGCUCAUCUCUUCUCCUUCCCGUGAGGUGGAGGUGAGUGAGAGGCCUUUGAACUCCCGGCCUGCCAGCGCUCCUCUCAGAAUCGUGGGGUGGCUCAUGGUGAGCCCCGUGCUGAAAUCCACCCCGGGAUCUGAGCCAACAAGUACUGGGCCUGUGAGAAAAAAGGGGCAGAGAUGGAGCCCCCCUAGUCUUCUGGGCCUAACCCUGCAUCACAGGGCCCUGGCAUCGUUGAACCUCUUGAGUCCAAAGAGAUCAUCCCCCUGCACACCAGCCUACACGAACAAGGGAUUCCCAAGGCAUUCGUAGCCUCUUGGCAGCUGCUCGUGCGAUGUUCGUGGGUCGUUCUCUUCCUCUCGGGAUCUGUGUGACCUCUACCUUCUGGGGAUGUGUUUACCUGCUCUUGUUUACCUGGUUGCUUACCCCAAAGCGAGGGGUGGGGAUAAUUCCGUUUCCAGUUGGCCUCAUCCUCCGGUCCACUGCUUCUGUGUGCAACCAAAGUGGGAGGUAUCUGGUGAGCAGCUCACGAUUUGUCAUCGGCAAACCACUACAAUUUUCUACGUCACUACAAAUCGGCCAGUGAUCUGAAAGUUUGAUGGGCGCUGUAGGUAUUUCUCUUGUCCCCAGGCAGAGCUUGGGGAGUCCAUGAAGAGCAGGCCAUGGUACCCUUCUCUGAAUGCAGCACCCACUUCCUGAAUGUUUGCCUCUGGUUUGCCGCAAGUGUUGUCCUUUCUCGUUUCAAUACCCCCCCACCCUUCCCUUACAUCUUUUUCUGUUGGGCUAGAAACUGAGUGGGAACGAAUAGUGACCAGGGUGGAGAUGGGACCCCUGAAUAUUUAGGCUUACCCAUCUGCCUUGGGGGGCUUCUGCCAUGAAUGUUUGGCUUGGAAACAGGAAGGCUUGAUGUUGUUUUGCGUAUCUCAUUUUCAGGGGAGGGGACUCCUGUGUACCCUAAAGGAUAACCCCCGGGGUGGAUCACAGCCCUUGAAAAUAAGAGCUUAGGUUUGCAGCGUUAUUUGAGGGUGGAGCUUCUGAACCGAAGGAGAGGGAGAGAUUUGGGGGUGAGGGCAGUUUCUCCUGACUUAGCAUUUCGGUGGUGGAGGCGGGGCAUUACACCCCUUGAAAUUCUACCUCUGUGAAGCUCUCUUAGGACACAAUCUUAUGCAUGUUUAGACAGAAAAAGAGCCCUACAACUCCCAACAUUUCCCAGCCAGAAGGCUGAAAGCUGUAGGACUUCUUUCUGUCUAAAUCUGCAAAGAAUGGCACUCGUCCUGUGUGGAAUCAGGUAGCCAUAGUAUCAGCUGCUUCUCCUAUCUGGUGUAUUAUCAGCAUUUCCCCUCACCCCAUCCCAUGUUUUAUGGUUGUGUUUUAUUUAUUUAAUUUAUUUAAAGUGAUCUAUUUGCAGUGUAAAAAAAAAAGUUCAAAAACAAACAAUAGUCAACAGGUAAAAUAGCUCAUUGGCAUUAAAACCAGAUGGCUUCAGAAGCUAGGAGGAAUGUAAACGCCUUUGCUGUGUCGCGUUGGCACAUGGUAAAGGGAGA